AUGACUCUCAUUGUUCACCACCUCCAUGUUUCCAUGUCCGAGAGGAUUCCAUGGCUUUGCGAAGAGCUCGGAGUGCCCUACGAGCUGAAGGGUUACGACCGCGACAGACUCAUGGCUCCUGCUGAGUUUAAAGCACUGCAUCCUGCGGGCACAGCUCCUGUCAUCCAGGACGGCGACCUGACCCUCGCAGAGAGCGGUGCGUGUGUUGAGUACAUCAGCCAUAAACACGCUCAAGGAAAGCUCUUCGUGCCUUCGUCCCGUCCGGAAUACGCCACCUUUCUCUUCUGGUGGCAUUGGUCCAACGCUACGCUGCAGUCCGCCCUUGGAGGAGCAAUGGCAGCCUAUGCAAAUGGAUUACGCGAGGGUGACCCUCGCGGGGCAUUUGCUUUCUGCCGCUCUAAAAAGGCGCUUUCGUCUAUGAACGACAGGCUGGGCCAGAGCAAGUGGCUUGCCGGAGAAGCGUUCACGGUGGCCGACUUGAUGUGUGUUUUCCAGGUCUCCACAUUCCGCUACUUUUACCCCAUUGACCUGGGAGAGUACGAACACAUAGUGGGUUUCUUGAAGCGAGUUGGAGAGCGUGAAGCGUAUCAAAGGGCCAUGGCGAAGUCGGAUCCGGGUAUGGGGGUUGGUUUUGGGAUCAGCUCCGCCUUCGAAGCCUUUGAUGUGAGAGCCGAGGUCGCAGCGGCAGAACUUGAUUGCACGCGGUGUAGAGGCUACCUUGAAUUACGUAUGCACUGGUUCAACGACGCCAUUGUGCCAAGCGCCAUCGAUUUUAUGUCGCCAUCUCAGGCUCAUAUGAAUCAACUUGUCCCAUGCGAUCAUCGACCGCGUUUUGCACAAGUCCGGAUCCCCGUGAUGCGGGCGUGUCGGCGCCGACCUCCCGGCCUCGGUCCCGGCCUGCGCACAGGCCUACGUCUCUUGUGA